AUGGUGACCUCAACCAGAUCUUCGGACACGAAGGGUGACGCGACAGCCGUCGAGUCGUCUGAUCUGGCGGCUGGCACCAAGCAUCAAAUCGAGGAAAAGGCCUCGCCUGAGUCCAAACGACCCAAGAAAGCGGACGAGAAGACCCAAAAGACUAUCGAUGAGACUAUGCCGGGUGUUGUCCCAUCCAAGGAUGAAAGUCAUGAAGACGAACCAUCCAAUGACGGCAAGCGAGAUGAGGGCGAACAGGCACAGCCUGAUGAGAAGAAUGGGUCAGCCGAAGAGCCAAAUGCGCGGGAAGGGCGGACGCCAGCCAACAUCCUCGAAAAGGGGAUUAUCUACUUUUUCUUCCGCAGCCGCGUGGGUAUUGAAGAGCCUAGCAGUGUCAAUGAGGUGGCUCGAAGCUAUAUUGUUCUUCGACCGAUCGCGAAGGAUGCAAAGCUCGGCGAAGGCACUAUUGGAGAUGCAGGCAACAGUCGCCUGAUCGCCAUUCCGAAGAAAGUGCUCCCUCUCAGUGGCAAGGAUCGAUGGAUUGCCUUCGUGGAGAAGUCGAAUACUACGUUUCAGACCCUGAAAGACGACUUCCUCGCCGCUUCUGAUUAUGCGACCAAGACCGCUGGCACACGUCAUACUCCUGCCGCAACGCCCGUCGGUGAAGGCAUAUAUGCUAUCACGACCACGGGACGUGAGAAUCACCUUGCAUACAUGCUCACAAUUCCUUCGGAACUUGGUGAGGUCCAAAACGACGUCGGCUUGCGUGAGCGGGGUAGUUUUAUCAUUUCCACGAGAAACCCGGAUUAUGACGCUCCAAGAAACGUCGCGCUCCCUCAGGGGGCCGACUAUCCCAAGGAGGUCAAGGAUGAGUUCAGAUCUCUUCGAUGGAUGGCCACCAACCCUGGGCAUCUCGACUAUGUAAAUACACAAUUCCUGUUAAUUGGAGAGUCAUCUGGACUUGACAAGGCAACCGAACCGCAAAAGGAAGACCAGAAGAACGGCAAGGAUGAGCCUCUUGAAGAGCUGGAAAAGUUGGAGGAUGAGGAUACUCACAGGAUGGAGGAUUUGAAGGGCGACGACAGCGCCGCCAUCUAUGGAGAUCUGGAAGUCCAUGCCAAGGAUUAUCCAAAGUUGCAGACAACUUUCUGA